GGGAGUUUGAGGUAUUCAAGGUCAUUUUUUGAUUUUGUUAAUUCUCGUUUUGCUUCACUCUCGGUGAAAUACGUAUACUGAUCAAAGCUAUUUGUGACUGAAUCCUUAUCGAACAUCUGACUAGCCCAAUUGUUCCAAAAUACUAAUGGUAGUAAGCCUUAAUAAACCGAAUAAUAGCAUCUCUAAGCUACUUGGUGUGCAAAUUAGUUGUGAACUUACGAAUGUCACUAAUCUAAGUCCUUCAUGUGAUGAUUUUCGUUGGUAUUUAAAGGUAAAGUGCGGGAACUGCGGUGAAAAUACUCAUGAUUACGUAUACAUUAACAGUGUAGAAAAGACACCAAUUCAAGACAGUCGCGGGGAUGCGAAUUUAGUAAUCCGGUGUAAAUUUUGUAAACGAGUUUCAAAUGCUGAUAUUAUUCCUGGUAGCAUACUUCCAUACUCACUUGACGAUUCUGGUCAUUUCAAAACCAUUGCAAAAUUUGACUGUCGUGGUUUAGAAUUUACUGAGUUUUCUCCUCGUUGUGGUUGGUCUGCUUCAAGUGUCAACUCCGAUGCGGUUUUUGAUGACAUCUCAUUAACAGAUGAGUUCCAAUACCAAUGAAAAUGAUCCUAAUUAUUUAUUAUAAAGUUUAUUAACAUGCUACUAGGUCCACCGUACCCACUAUAACUGUCUGUAAACAUCAAAUGUUUUUGUAUGUACUACUUUUUCCAUGUUGAUUGCCUACUCGCCUCAAAGAGAAGCAACAACUUUAGUCUCGCUGGUAGCUACGAUUUGGUGUGAUUAUGAUGAGAAAGGUAAAUGUGAAGUCAGUAUACAAAAUUUUCAAAGUCAAAUAAUUAAAUUGAAAUGUUAAUAACUGAAUAUUUAUGAUCUGUUCACCUUCCUGUUUGUAUUAUGUAUAUUAUUAUUGAAAAAUAAAAUACUCGUUUUGUUUUUGCCUAAA